AUGACUGACUCCGACAUUGACAUGGAGUAUGCUCACGAACAGCCAGCACUGGCCCUGGAUGACGAUCACACAUGGGCAAAAGUGGCUGAUCUCGCGCUUCGACACUUGGCGCGCGUAGGCAAACCGCCUACUCAUCCGGACGACGCCUCGCUCGAGGAUCGCUUCGUGGAGCGUACUGAAGCUCCGCGCGGUGAUUCUCUACAGCUGGUCAAUCACGAUGCGCACAUACCGCCGUCAGUACGCGUACCGCAAACUUGGUCGUUAAUCAUCACCGAUAUGCGCCGGGUGUGCACGCACUUCGCUCGGCGUCUGUCUGACUUCUACGUUGCCGGAACUAAUGAAUGGGUUUGCCCCAUGCAUGACUGCAUGUACGCAAUCGCGAUAAAUAACCUCUCGGUGGAUGAAAAGAAGGUCGUGGACGGCGUGACGCGCGGCGCGGAUGUACCAUUCUACACGCUCGUCGACGCGUUCCGUGUCACUGAGCCCGCUUUCAUCCGCGAGGUGAUUGACAUCGUGGCGCUGGAACAUUACGAGUCCGUACACCUGCAAGGUCUGCGUAUCCACCAUGUCAUUCACGGACAAGAUCACACGGGACGCAUCAUGUACUACUGGCAGCUAAACCGCAUCAGCGCUGAGUUCCUGAAGAAGACCGUGCGUGGCUGGGAGGCCAGACGCUUCGAAGAGAUCCGGCGGACGGAAGUCCAGCGGGCGCUCGCCUCUGAAGCUCGUCAGUGGGCUGAAGGUCUGAUUCGCGAUGCCAAGCAAGGUGACAAGGACGCUCGGCUGGCGGCUCGCAUUGAAUACGGUGAUUAUUCGCGCGAGGGAUAUGCGCACGCACUCUGCCUGGAACGGCGUGACGGAUUGUUCGAUGCGCGCGUGUCUGCAUUCGAAGGACCCGCAGGUGGUGGUCUGGAACGCCGCGCCAUCAGGGCCAUGAGGGGCGUUCACAGUCUCAGCUUCGAGCGCCGCUUCGGGAAGGUGGCAGCUGCCGCGGAGAGAGAUGGCAUCCUCGAACGCGUAGCGCAGGCCAAGAUUGCGGAAGCGCCACCUUUGCCGCUGAACGAAGCCCUUGCUGGGGAUAGUCAACCGGAGGCGGAGGCGGCCUCUGUACUUCAACCGACGAUAUCGCGUCCGCAGAAGAAUCACCCUUUAUUACACUGGAUUCCGGAGCGCAUGGCGUACCUCUGGGCGUUGCUGAGGCUCAACGGGCGCCCGGCACAAGUGCUAUCGGGAGAGGUCUGGUUGUACGGCGAAUGGAUCCCCGUGUCGUUGAGGCAGCUCGGUCUUACGGUACAACUGGGUCAUUGGGCUGGCGAUCGGUGUAGCCUGCAGCGACACGUCAACGACCGGUUUGUUGUGGUACACACCAACGGCAUUCAUCAAGUACGCGUCGCGUUCUGCGGGUGCUCGAGGACCAAGGUGGCUAGGCGCGAUCAGGUAUUGGCAGCUCGCUGGUUCCCCGCCACGAUCGCAAAGCCAAAAACCGCCGCGACGCUGGAAGUUCUUGAGCAGUUCGACGCUCACAGCGCCGCAGGCAAAGAUAACGCGUAUGACUUUUACAACACACUGGAACAUAUCACCGACGGCGCAGGCAUAUUUCAUCUUCCCGAUCGCUCAAAAGACUUCCUUCGUAUGGCGCACAAACAUCGACAUCUCUUAGCGCUGAAGCGUGGUGGUCGCGGUCACGAUCCGCUGGGCGGUAUCGAGCGCACUCAGUACGGCGAACUAGCCGUAUUAUGUCCGGCCUGUCCGCACAAGGGCAUCAAUACGGAGGGCGUUGUUGAUCUAUUGCGGCGGCUUGGCCCUGAGUUGGCGGAGGGGCACGAAACUUUCAACGAUACAGUACAUCUCGCGAUGGACUGUAACUUCCGAGCAAAGAAUCGCAUGACUCGGUCCACACCGGAAACAAGUCCUUACCUCGGCGACGGCAUGGCUUAUAUGGUCCCAGAAGCUGCUUACGAUCAUUUUACAAGCAACAGUGCGCACGACGCCGAGAUGAGCAGUUGUUCGCGCUUUGGUGCGACCAUCCUCGCCAAUCUCAAGAACGGCAAGGGCCUGAGGACCACGGGGAUUGGCGCCGUCUUCUGCGCGCGCCACGAGUUUUUCUGCGCAAAUUCAAUAGGUACUCUGAUUAAAGGAGAGAGAUAUUGCACAAUGGACUUCAUCUUGGCCGCUGCGCUCCGCCGCGUACGCGCCAGCAGUCUGCGCUUGUACUACGACAUCGUGUGUCAAUACACGCGCAACCUCAAUCUUCGGAUGUUAGAGGUCGAGCCGAAGUUGUUCAUCUACGCUGGCGCCCAGAAGCUAUUGCACAAGCUCCACGUCACGUUCGGUAUUCCGAAGUUUCACAAUCCGGGGCACCUGGUCAUGUGCCAAUUAUACUUCAACCUGUCUUUCAUCAAAGGAACUGGUAAUACCGACGGCGAGGCUUCCGAACGUGCGUGGGCUGGGCUCAAUCCUGCUGCGUCGAGUUUGCGGGAAAUGGGCCCAGGAACGAUGCGAGACACGAUCGAUUUCUUUUGUAGUGCGUGGAACUGGCGCAAAUUCGUCAAUAUGAGUGCGUCUCUAUGUCGCAACAUGGAGAUUGCGCUGGCCGCGGCUAUGGAGCACUGCGAGAUGUACAGCGGUCUUCUGGGCGCAGUGCGCGCCGAAAACCCCGGAACCGCGAGUGAAUGGACACAACAGGGCGUGGACUAUGAAGGGCGGCAGGAGCUGGACGACAUGGGACGGCCAAUCACGUCGGGUGGCGUAACCAACCCUUACGAAUCCCGGUCUCAAAAGCAAUCGUUGGAGAAGGCGCGUCUGCAGAGCGCUUCUAUUGCCGCGGCGGCACAGCAAGGCGCAAAGGCCUCUGAGACUGAGAAGACCGCCGCCGACAAGAACAACGCCCUAACCAACUUUAUAGUGUUGGCAUUCAAGAUUGAGGUCUGGCAACGUCGAGCCACUAUCGCCACGGAAGGUCGCACGUACAUUCAAAAGCGCGAGCGUCUCGAGCAGGCGACGGAGCUGGAGCGUCAAAUCCGGUUGUUCCGGAAGGAGCAGCAGUGGAUCAUGCCAGCGAUCCAUGCUGCCGUUCAGGAACUGGAGGGCAUGGAUUCAACAUGCGGGACAACGGCCGACUACGAGAGCGAUGAAGACGGCGAGGAGGGUGAGGCGACGACGAAGCGGCGGCCCGCUAUGCUGUACCUGCCUUCGGACCUGGAUCAGCCUUUGGCGCGUACCAUGCUCGACGUUCUGCUUCAGGAGAUGAAGCUUCGUUUCGCAGCGAUGGAGGACUGGUUGGACAUUUUACGGCAACAACUGCGCGUACGUGGGACCGUUCGCCAGUGGAAGGUCGUGUUCUCCUCUGGACAGCGCAUGGCUACGCGUACGAUCAACAAGCAGCGCGUCAUUCAAGAGAAUAUCGACCAAGCUAGAAACAUGUAUCGCUGGCACCGCGAGCGAUACGCCACGCUUGUGUCGUUUCUGUCAGACGAAGAGCGGGAACAGUAUGUGUUCGCAGAAUGGGAAGAUCUUUUCGAGGAACUUGCGGAUGAAGACUGCCGCCCGCUCAACAACAGCCUCUUGAUUGCCAUCAACGCGCGGAGGUCCAGCACGUGA